AUGACUGACCCCGAGAUCUUCACCAAGUACCCGUCCCUCAAAAAGAUGGAAGGCCUAGAUGAUGAAGACAUUGUCGAAUCCCACGAUGGCCGCGAAGUCACCCUGCUCAAAUACAUCUACAACCACUCUGACCUCGACACCAAGCUACGGGGCUCCCCAUCCGCCAUCCUCGCCGCCAUGGACGAGUUCGCUGCCCAGGAGGACUUUCUUAUCAACAUUGGCCCCGACAAAGCCGAGAAACUGACCGACCUGCUCCGCGAAUACCGCCCCCGCGUGGUGGUGGAGGUGGGCACUUAUGUUGGGUACUCAGCUAUCCUAUUCGGAAAUAUUCUCAAAGAAAUAUACGAUGAGGACAAAGCCGAGCUGAAAGAGGAUGAGGGGAGCGCACCAAGCAAACCAAAGAUCUACAGUGUGGAAAUCGACCCGCUUAUCGCCUCCGUCGCCAUGAAUCUCGUCAGCCUCGCCGGUCUCCAGGAUAUUGUUGAAGUGAUUGUGGGCGCAUCCGCACAUACCUUGCAGCGGUUCCAUGACGAAGGCAUCUUGGCUGAGACCGGCAUUGACCUGCUGUUCAUGGACCACGAUGAAGCGCUCUAUGAGCCGGAUGUGAAGCUGGCUGAGAAAUUGGCAUUCCUGGAUAAGGAAGAUGCGGUUGUAAUUGCUGAUAAUGUUGUGAGGCCCGGUGCGCCGGAAUAUCGGAGUUACAUGCGAAAGAACCCACGCAUGAGCCAGAGUUGGGGAUUGGCCGGUUUGAUUGUCCCGGGAGACUUCGAGGAUGAGUUGGAGGUUAGUGUGGUUGGCUUGCCAAAAAGAUGGGCCUGA